AUGGUGGACAAGGACGUCGCCGAGAAGUUCCUGGACAGCAACCCGGCCUUCGCCAAGGAGUACUACGACGCCAACUUCCGCCCAAAGGUCAUCUCGGACCUGCUGGCCGGCAAGAAGGCCCAGGUGGACAUCAGCAAGUACCACGACCUCAGCUCGGUUGAGGAGAGCGAGAUCGUUUUCGACCUGAUCCGCGACAUCCAGGAGGACAUCCAGAUGGAGAAAGCCACCUUCAACCUGAUGAAGCACAUGUGCUUCUUGAUGCGCGCUGACCGCAUGAGUCUCUUCAUGUACCGGCAGCGCAACGGCGUGGCCGAACUGGCCACGCGCCUCUUCAACGUGACCAAGGACUCCAAGCUGGAGGAUUGCCUGGUGCAGCCCGACAGUGAGAUCGUCUACCCGCUGGACAUAGGCAUUGUGGGCCAAGUGGCCACCACCAAGAAGAUGGUCAACGUGAAGGAUGUCUCACAGGAAGAGCGCUACAGUGACUUUGUGGACAUCCUGACAGACUACAAGACCAAGAGUGUGCUCGCCACGCCCCUCAUGAACGGCAAAGACGUGGUGGCGGUCAUCAUGGCCAUCAACAAGGUGGACGGACCCCACUUCACUACUCAGGAUGAGGAGGUGUUCAAUAAAUAUCUCAACUUUGCCAAUUUGAUUGUGCGAGUCUACCAUUUGAGCUAUCUGCAUAACUGUGAGACCAGAAGAGGACAGGUGCUCCUGUGGUCCGCCAGCAAGGUGUUUGAGGAGCUGACAGACGUCGAGAGACAGUUCCACAAAGCCCUCUACACAGUCAGGGCACUCCUCAACUGCGACCGCUACUCUGUGGGACUCCUGGACAUGACCAAAACAAAGGAGUUCUUUGACCUUUGGCCUGUGCUGAUGGGAGAGGUGCCACCCUACAGUGGACCCAAGACCCCAGACGGCAGAGAAAUCAUUUUCUACAAAGUGAUUGAUUAUAUUCUACAUGGCAAAGAGGAGAUCAAAGUCAUUCCGGGCCCUCCUGCUGACCACUGGGCCUUGGUCAGCGGACUGCCCACCUACGUGGCCGAAAAUGCACUGAUCUGCAAUAUCAUGAAUGUUGCUCAGGAUGAUUACUUCAACUUCCAAAAAGAGCCUCUGGACAAAUCCGGCUGGACCAUAAAGAACGUCCUCUCGCUGCCCAUCGUCAACAAGAAAGAGGAGAUCGUUGGUGUGGCGACCUUCUUCAACAGAAAGGACGGAAAGCCAUUCGACGACAUGGACGAGGCGCUGAUGGAGUCUCUCACCCAGUUCCUGGGCUGGUCCGUGCUCAACACUGACACCUAUGACAAGAUGAACAAGCUGGAGAACCGCAAGGACACCUACCAGGACAUGGUCAUGUACCACAUCAGGUGCAGGAAGGACGAGAUCCAGAACGUCCUGAACACGCGCGAGAGAUACGGCAGAGAACCACACGAAUGCGAGGAGUUUGAGCUGGAGGACAUCCUGAAAGAGGUGCUUCCCAACUCUAAGAAAUCCGAGAUCUUCGAGUUUCACUUCUACGACGCUCACCAUACGGAGAGGGACCUGGUCAUGUGUGGGAUCAGGAUGUAUUAUGAGCUGGGGGUGGUGGACCAGUUCCACGUUCCUCGAGAGGUGCUGACCAGGUUCAUGUACUCUCUCAGUAAGGCCUACCGAGCCAUCACCUACCACAACUGGAGGCAUGGCUUCAACGUAGGACAGACCAUGUUCACACUCCUGAUGACUGGUGAGCUGAAGCGCUAUUACACGGACCUGGAGGCCAUGGCCAUGGUGACCGCCGGCUUCUGCCACGAUAUUGACCACCGCGGCACCAACAACCUCUACCAGAUGAAGUCUCAGGACCCCCUGGCGAAGCUGCAUGGGUCGUCCAUCCUGGAGAGGCACCAUCUGGACAUCGGCAAAACCCUGCUGCGCGAGGAAAGCCUGAAUAUCUACCAGAACCUUACCCGGACACAGCACGAGUUUGUCAUUCAUCUGAUGGACAUCGCCAUCAUUGCUACUGACCUUGCCCUCUAUUUCAAGAAGAGGGCUAUGUUCCAGAAGAUUGUGGAUCAGUCCAAAACCUAUGAAGAUGUGAAUGAGUGGAACAAGUACAUGAUGGGCCAGACAACCAGGAAGGAGAUUGUUAUGGCCAUGAUGAUGACGGCGUGUGACUUGUCAGCCAUUGCUAAACCCUGGGAGGUUCAGAGCAAGGUGGCGCUGUCUGUGGCGGCAGAGUUCUGGGAGCAGGGAGACCUGGAGAGGACUGUUCUGGAGCAGCAGCCCAUUCCCAUGAUGGACAGGACCAAGGCAGCAGACUUACCCAAGAUGCAAUGCGGUUUCAUUGAUUUCGUCUGCGCUUUUGUCUACAAGGAGUUUUCGCGUUUCCACCCGGAGAUCACACCCAUGCUGGACCGACUGUUGAACAACAGGAAGGAGUGGAACGCUAAGAAGGAGAUCCACGAGGCCAAGCUAGCCGCUAUAGAGGCAGAGAAGGUAGCCAAGGAGGAGGCCGCCGCCGCCAAGCAAGCUGCUUCCCAGGCCCCCCCAGCCGAGUCCAAGACCUGCCGCAUCAGCUAAACCUAC